UUUUCAAAAUUUAAAAAAAAAAUUACGAAAUACUUUCAGUUAAAAUAACGAAAAAAAUUCAAACUUUGAUAAUUAUUUGGUUAUAUUGCUCAAAAUUUUUUGUUGCCGAUUUGGAACCAUGGAUAACGUUAAAAUGCCUUUUUUAUCCGAGGAGACGCUCAAAACUCAGCGUGUUGAAGUUUAUCUGAACGAUCUAAAAGAACGACUGAAGGAGUUGCGUGUGCAACAUGAUGAAGUCAUACAAAAUUCAGUGGAUAUCAUAAAAGAGAUUGAUGAAGUCUCCUCCGAGCUAUUGCUGCCACAAAACAGUGGGGCCAGUCCCAACCACAAUGCUGCCAAAAUAAAACAGCUUAUACAAGAGUUCGAAACUGCAAGAGAAUCUAACUCAACAAAGGCACCAAUAUCUAUCGAAAGCAAAGUAGACAUCCGUAAGAUUUUACAAAAUUUUGAAAAACUAAACGAUAGCCACGUACUUAAGGAGAGCCUUGUGCUUUUCAAACGCGCCAAAGAGUCACUCGAGAAAAUCGAUACAUUUCUCGGUACGCACUUGGAACAUGUUAUUACUCAAUCUGCGAAUGUUGACAAACCGAACACUGAGCCCCCAAUAACAAGAAAGAGUACAACAGUUGCGAAGAUCGAUAACACCAAUGACGAGUUAUUGGCUUCACCGAAACCCAGUUUAGAUAUCAUAAACACCAUUGCUAACAAUGGCAGCAGCAACACAGUGGACGGCUAUGAAAAAUUAACUAAUGCAUCUGUCUCAUUCACCAGUCCAUCUAACAUAACGGCCACUGGAACACAAAUGUCCACAAAUAGCAAUUCCAACAUAAAAGAUCGAAUUAAUAUAUUUAAUAAUGCGAAGCUGGCGUAUCGUCUGCCACAUAAGCCAACGGAAUUAUCCUCCUGCUAUGCUUCCUGUUGUAGCAGUGUAACGAGCUUGGAUGUCUAUCAAUCCACAGAAAAUGUUUACCAACAAGAAACGUAUAAAAAUGAGAGCAAUGGAGUUAACGCAUUGGAAAUUGGCUACGAGGGGGACAAUGACGAUAGUGAGUAUGAUUUGUUUGCUCUGAAGCGGAAGAGAAACAAGAUUUCGUCCGCAAAUCAGUAGUGUUAGAAACGCUACUAGUGAUAUGUCCAACCAGUGUUGAGCGUUGUGAAUUAACGUUAUAACUAAUGGAAAAUAACAAAUAUGAAACAUUGCAAAAUGUAUUUAUCAAUACUAGAAAUAAAAGCUCGAAAAAUCCAAAUGUA